AUAUCUGGCCACCACACAGUUCGAGGCGACGCAUGCCAGGAAAGCAUUUCCAUGUUUUGACGAGCCAGCGAUGAAAUCCACUUUUAACAUUUCUCUAGUGAGACCCGCUGAUCGCGUUUCUCUGUCCAACAUGCCCAGGAUCCGCUCAGAUACACCAUUCAAAGAAAAUGGAAUUACGUACGUGAAAGAUGUUUACAAACAGACAGUCCAAAUGUCGACGUACCUUCUGGCGUUUGUAGUGUGUGACUACGGUUUUCUGAGUAAGACAACCAAAUAUAACGUGACCUUGUCAACUUGGGCUAAACCACAGUCUGUGAACGACACUCAGUACGCUCUGGAUGUUGGUGUCAAGAUAACAGAAUACUUUGAGGAUUACUUUGGUAUCAGAUACCCUUUACCAAAGCAGGACAUGAUUGCCAUACCUCACUUUGGGUUCGGAGCUAUGGAAAACUGGGGACUCAUUACUUACAACGACAUUUUUCUCAACGAGGCAUUUGCAACUUUCGUAUCAUAUCUCGGAGUGGACAACGCACAUCCUGAUUGGAGAAUGCUGGAAAUGUUUCCUGUCGAAGAAAUGCAUGUAGCUUUGAGUUAUGACAGCCAAGUCCAGUCACACCCUGUGCAUGUCCAAGUUCAAAAUCAAGGUGGAAUUCAAGAGCUCUUUGAUGUCAUCUCCUACCAGAAAAAAUAUCUCAAAAAGUAUUCAUUUGGAACAGCCACCCAUGAUGAUCUCUGGAGUGUGUUGACUGAGCAAGCGGCAUCUGAUGGCAAGAAGAUCCAGGUGAAAGAGAUCAUGGACACUUGGAUACUUCAGAUGAACUACCCUCUGGUCACAGUGACAAGAGACUUCAACAACCCCAGCAUGCUGCAUGUCACACAGGAGCGAUUUCUGACAGAUCUUAAUGUUUCCGACCCUGGCAGACACAGGUCCCCAUACAACUAUCGCUGGUCUAUACCUCUGACGUUUACCUCAAGUAAAAACCCACAAUUCAACAACAGCAACAACCAUGUCCAGUGGAUCUACAAGGAGGAACCAGCCA